UAUAAUAAUUAUUUUAUUAUUAUUAUCUGGGAAUUGGGUAAUAUAAAACAAUGGAUUCCAUGAGAGAUCUGUUCAUACAAAUUCUAGCUUAUUAAAAGCCAUAACAUAAUUAAGCUAUAGCUAAUAUUAAUAAAGAUACACAUUAGAAAUGGGAGCUAAUUAUAAGAGGAUGAGGCCAUUGAAUUAUCUAAUAUCACCAGAUUCUAAAGCUCAAGAGAAAAAUCAUUCCAUCUGUAUAGCCCUAUACAAUGCUGCUCUAAACAACGAUUGGAAAGCAGCUGAGAAAAUCAUAAGCGCAGACACUCGAGUCAAAACAGCUGCUAUUACGAAAUUAGAGGAAACUAUUCUUCAUGUCGCUGUAGGAGCUCAAAAUGUUGAGUUUGUUGAGAAAUUGUUGAAGUUGUUGAGCGACGAAGAUGUAUUGUUACAAGAUAGUAGGGAAAAUACCGCGUUUAGUUAUGCCGCGGCUUCUGGAAAUGUAAUGAUUGCGCAAUUGUUGAUGAGGAAAAACGAAGGCUUGCCUUUUAUUCGAGGAGGAGAAGGAGUGAGCCCACUUUACUUGGCUGCCUCUUUUGGUAGAGCUCAAAUGGCUUCUUUUCUAUACCCUAAAACCAUUCAUAUUUUACAAGUUGGAGAACGUAAAGGCCUUUUCUUACAAUGUAUCAAUUUUGGCAUAUAUGAUUUAGCUUUGAAGAUGUUCAAAGAGGACAUAUCGCUGGUUAGGGCUCGUGAUCUGAGUAACAACACCGCUCUUCAUAUUUUGGCCGGGAGACCUAAAGCGUUUCCCGAGCAAAAUAAAUAUAAUUGGAUGAAAAAUUUGAUCAAAUCAUCAAACAAUGAUGAUCAUCAUGAUCACAUGAAUGAGAGUAGUAAUGAAGCCCUAAAACUUGUGAGAGAGCUUUGGAGGGAAACCCUAAACAAUAAAGAUGAAAAUUGCUUUAGACAAAUUAUUGAUACACCUUCAAAACUGUUAUUUGAUGCAACUGAAUCUGGAAAUUUCAUGUUCUUGUUUGAGCUCAUUAGGGUUUGUCCGGAUUUACUUAUAGAAAGAAAUGAAGAUGAUCAAACAAUAUUUCAUGUUGCAGCUCUAAAAGGCCAUAAAAGAAUCUUUAAUCUCAUCCAUGAAAUUGGCUUCAAAAAGGAUAUUAUUACAUCUAUGGAAGACAAAUUUGGUAAUAAUUUAUUACAUCUUGCUGGAACAUUUGUGGCUUCAAGUCAUGAAUAUGAUUAUGGGAUGAGACAAAUAUUACAGCUUCGACAAGAGUUUGAAUGGUUCAAGGAAGUGAAAAAGGUUGUAGAACCAUACUAUAUAGAGAAAAAAAAUUCAGAAGGAUUAACAGCACAAGACUUGUUCAAUAAAACUCACAAAACAUUGUUUGGAGAUGUAGAAGAUUGGAUAAAAAGUACAAGCUCAUUGUGUAUGACCCUUUCAACAAUUAUUAUUAUUGGGAUUUUUAUUGUCUAUUUUAAUAAUAAUAAUGGGCCAAUAAUUAGUGGAAGAGUCUCCUCUCCUCUUCUCAUCUCUUCAUUGUUUGCCUCUACAAUCUCUCUAAUAACCUUUUCUUGCACUCUCAUCACUACUUCUUGGUAUGGAAACAAUAUGGAUACCCUAAUUUUGUUGUUCAUUGUUGGAAUCGCGGCGCUCUUCGUUUCGGUUAUGACAAUGGUGGUGUCUUGUGCGAGAAAGUUUACUCAAGUUUAAAUAUGUUUGUAGAAAUUAAGAAAUCUUUCAUGUAGAACAUCUAAUAAUGUAUGCAUGUUGUAUUAUAAAGUUUUUUUUUUACAUCAUCUAAUUUCUUGAAUGUAUGUUGGGUCUUACCUUUUUGUGUGAACCAUGUAAUAUAUAAAGAAUAAACAGAAUUGUUCAUUAGAAAUUAAUCU